GCAUGGGCCCCAAGGAACGGUAUGCGAACGUUUUGUGUUGCACGAAGAAGUGCUUCCGUUCAUUUCAGACGCUUUGUGGGAUGCAGAAUGAGUGCCUGUCGCAUUACGUGGAUACGUUCCAGUCGUGGUGCGAUAAGCACGUAGCGCUGGUGGGUAAGGUGAAAUAAUCCGGGACCGAAGCCUGUGGGAUUUGCUACGAUGAGAUGGGACCGUACAGGAAGCUGGAAUCGAUUCGUGCUGUCAGAAUGUCUGGUUCCAUCGGAGCUGCAUGGCACAGUUUGCCCAAUCGGCGGGGUACUUUUUCAAGUGCCCUUUGUGCAACAACAAGGACGACUUUAGUCAGCAGAUGCAGCAGCGUGGCAUUUAUAUUCCGGAAAAGGAUGCCUCGUGGGAGCCUGAACCGAAUGCAUUCAACGAUCAGUUGGAACGUCCUUCGGAGUGUGACGCUGAAGCGUGUCGCUGUCGGUAUGGGCGAGAUUACGAUUGCAAGCGUUGGGAUAUGAUCCUGUGUGCAACGUGCGGUUCGACUUGUCGCUACGAUCAGUGCAUGGAGGUUCCCUCGAAGAACUAUGUUUGCACCUUUUGUCUUCCGAUUGUUUGAAGCUAGCCGAGGCUUCCCGAAGAGCGGAAGCAGCUUGACGUGCGGAAGCCAGUAGCAGAGAGGGGAGUUCUAGGGGCUGAUCUCGUGGCAGACGUCAUAUUAAAUCGGAUGAUUCAGAUUCUGAAGAGUCAGUUGCAUCGACGACCAAACGC